AGAGGGUCUUUGGUUCAAUGGUCCCAAACUAUCCUUUUAUUCUCAGCAGGCACAGAGGAGGUUUUAAUCUCGGGAGGGUUCUGUGCCCCUCCUCCCUCCAAAGACUGGGAGGAACUAGCUGCAAAUCCCCCAUAAUCCAUCAGCACCCGGGUCUCCACCCCACAGCAGCACACAGCCUCGGCAGCCAGGUGACCGCACUCAUCCCUGCUGCCCCCCACGGCACCCACUCUUCCUCACCAUGGGGAACAGCAAGAGCGGGGCCCUGUCCAAGGAAAUCCUGGAGGAGCUUCAACUCAACACCAAGUUCACGGAGGAGGAGCUGAGCGCCUGGUACCAGUCCUUCUUGAAGGAGUGCCCGAGCGGCCGCAUCACGCGGCAGGAGUUCGAAAGCAUCUACUCCAAGUUCUUCCCCGACUCUGACCCCAAGGCCUAUGCGCAGCACGUGUUCCGCAGCUUCGAUGCCAACAGCGAUGGGACGCUGGACUUCAAGGAGUACGUGAUCGCUCUGCACAUGACCACAGCGGGCAAGCCCACGCAGAAGCUCGAAUGGGCCUUCUCGCUCUACGACGUGGAUGGCAAUGGGACCAUCAGCAAGAACGAAGUGUUGGAGAUUGUCAUGGCUAUCUUCAAAAUGAUUAAGCCUGAGGAUAUGAAGCACCUUCCAGAUGAUGAAAACACCCCAGAAAAGAGGGCCGAGAAGAUCUGGACAUUCUUUGGAAAGAAAGAUGAUGAUAAACUCACGGAGGAGGAAUUCAUCGAGGGGACCCUGGCCAAUAAGGAAAUUCUGCGACUGAUCCAGUUUGAACCUCAAAAAGUGAAGGAGAAGAUAAAAGAAAAGAAAUAGUGAUGGGAACCGCUCAGCUCUCCCUCACGGCCCCCACACCCACAUAAACACCCGCAGCGCAAGCACACACACACACACACACACACACACACACACACACAAACACACACACACACCCUGAGUCUGGAGAGGUAGAGAAACACAACCUCUCCCUGCCAACUGAAGGUCUUAGCAGGACCCAGUCCCUGCUCCCUUUCGUCCACUGCGUCUGUCUGUCCCUUCACACCCUACCUGUCCCUGCCCAGGUAGCCCUGUGAUAAUCCCAGGCUUAGGUCAUAGGAGUCCCAAAUGUCAGCCCUGCUUAAGCUCCUUUGGGGAUUGCUGGGUAAGCAGGUUCCAAUAAAUGCAAAAGGACUGGGCCACAGCUGGCUGGUCAUUCUCAACCCCAAAGAAGAGGUGCUCCCUGAUGCUCCAGGGUCUGCCGCGAUUGCAGCUCUAGGCUGGCUAGGGUGCUGAAGAGGAUACACGUGACCCCAUUCAUGCUUUCCUGGGAGCUAAAGGCCCAGGGGGCACAUGGUGGUUCAUGUUUCUUUUGGUUUGGUUUUUGGAGACAAAGUCUCACACCGGAGCCAAAGCUGAUCUCAAACUCAGGACAAUCUACCUGCUUAAACCUUCCCGGAGCUAGCAUUACAAGCAUGAGCCUCUCCACCAGGCUGAUGGAGCUUGAUGCCAGGACUAAGGUUACCAUGGUGACGUGCACAGCACUAAGGGAAUACGUAACACAAGAGGGGCUGGCUUGUCAGGAACGGUCAAGGAAGAUAUUUCCAAACGAAGUGAUGCACUCAGGCCCACUCACAGCCGACUGGAGCAGGAGGUGGGUGGAAGGCAGAAAGCUUCUGUCUCUCGGUGAAAGGAAAAGUAUCAGCUUAGGAUCCCCAAGACCAGGCUCUCGGCACAAAGGAGAUG